UGUCAAGCAAACAGGUACGUCAUUUGUGUCAGUAUUUCAGUCAGUUCUUAUAAACGGAACAAUAUUUUCGUAAUGGAUAACAGCAAACUUAGCUUCUAGAAAAAAUAUAUAAUCGAAAAUGUCGAGGCACUAUACCGCUUAUCAGUAUGAAGCAGCCUACAGACCUCAAGCUCUGAGAAACUGGGAGGUACCAAAGUUUCACUGCAAUAGACCGAUCUCAAGGCAUGGCCGAACCAGUAUCAUCGCAAAUUCUAGAGGGCAUCUGUUGCCUGGGGUGUUUAGACCGUCUAGCAGCCCCUGGGGAAGUUAUUUGGGAACCUGGGAGAUGCCAAAAUACAUCGACAAACAUACAGCACACAUCCUGAAUGGUACUAUAGAAGGUAAAGAGAAAGUUAGGAAGUGCAAGCUGAGACUGAGCCAGUUAUAUCAACCCAAGAAAGAGGCUUCUGUCGCAAAGACGCCACAGCAAGAACCCGAACCUCAUGCACCUGUUGCAGAAAAGAAACCCUCCGCGUCUAAAAUAGCUGAACAGUUUGAUUCCAAGGUACAAGUUUUUGAAAAAGUUGGUUCCAAAGCAGAUGUUGUAGAAAAGGUAGAUUCCAAAGAACAGAUUGCUGAAAAAUCUGUAGAAGAUGUAGAAGUUCCACAAGAACCACCCGUAAAAUCAAAGAAAGCUCUCUGUCCCAUUCAUGAUCUUUACGAUGCUGGAAUUAAAGGGUAAUCAGUGUAAAAAGGGAUGACUAUAUAAAAUCCUUAUGGUGUUAGUUGUUGAAUAUUAUAUGGGAUAGGUACUGUUACGGUACCGCAUACAACUUGUUUAUAUCCUACCUUUGCUACGCUUAUAUCCGGACCAUCAUCUCUUAAUCCUAGUUGUGAUGAUGAUUAUUUCUCUCUCAGAAGUUUGACAUGUGCGAGGGGAAGCAAGUGUAAAUCUCAUUUCGAAGGAGCUCCGCAAGGUGCGUCCACGUAGCGGGGUCAAGUCUACAGACUUAGCCUUAUGACUAGACACGCGCAAGGUAAUUGACACAUCUCACGAUUGGCAUACCAAAUGCCGUGUCACUUUAAAACAGGCCUCAUAUUAUUGUAAUG